CGCCUGCGGCGGCGCAGGCGUUGAAUUUCGCGAGUGUUCGGUCUAUGGAGUCAGUUGGUGCCGGCGGCGGCGCGGAGGCAGCAGGCGGUGUCCGAGUGGGGGCCUUUGCCCCGCCAGUAUGUUACCGGGCUUGGCCGCCGCCGCUGCGGCCCACAGAUGUAGCUGGUCCUCCCUAUGCCGGCUCCGUCUGCGCUGCAGGGCGGCGGCCCGCGGCUCCAGCGACCGCCAGGAAUGGCAGAAUUUAGUGACAUUUGGAAGCUUUUCAAACAUCACUCCAUGUUGUACACUGAAUCAAGUAAAGUUUUACUCUACAAAUGUUCAGAAAGAAGGACAGGGAUCACAAACUCUCAAAAUGGAGAAAGUACCGUCAUUUGAUGAAACAGCAGAAAAUAUUGGUGCAGAACUGAAAGCUCCACUUAUUAAGCAGGAACCUCUCCAAGUAAGAGUCAAAGCAGUCCUUAAGAAGAGGGAAUAUGGACCAAAGUACACUCAGAAUAACUUCAUCACUGGAGUCAGAGCAAUGAAUGAGUUCUGCCUCAAAUCCAGUGAUCUAGAACAACUUCGAAAAAUCAGACGACGAAGUCCUCAUGAAGACACUGAGUCCUUUACUGUAUACUUGAGAUCAGAUGUGGAGGCAAAAUCUUUGGAAGUUUGGGGAAGCCCUGAAGCUCUUGCCAGAGAGAAAAAACUUCGUAAGGAAGCAGAAAUAGAAUAUAGAGAAAGGCUAUUUAGAAACCAAAAAAUAUUGAGAGAAUAUAGAGACUUUCUGGGAAAUACAAAGCCACGUUCUAGAACGACAUCAGUUUUUUUUAAGGGGCCUGGAAAAGUAGUGAUGGUUGCCAUUUGCAUCAAUGGAUUAAACUGCUUCUUCAAAUUUCUUGCCUGGAUUUAUACAGGUUCAGCAAGUAUGUUCUCAGAAGCUAUACACUCUUUAUCUGAUACUUGUAAUCAGGGCUUACUGGCAUUGGGCAUCAGUAAGUCUGUUCAAACACCAGAUCCUACUCAUCCGUAUGGAUUUUCAAAUAUGCGCUAUAUUGUUUCACUGAUUAGUGGUGUUGGUAUUUUCAUGAUGGGUGCAGGAUUAUCUUGGUACCAUGGAGUCAUGGGAUUGCUUAAUCCUCAACCAAUAGAAUCUCUUCUAUGGGCAUAUUGUAUUUUAGCAGGAUCAUUGGUAUCUGAAGGCGCAACACUUCUUGUUGCUGUAAAUGAACUUCGUAGGAGUGCUCGGGCCAAAGGAAUGUCAUUUUACAAGUAUGUGAUGGAAAGUCGUGACCCUAGUACAAAUGUUAUAUUAUUGGAGGAUACUGCAGCAGUGUUGGGAGUGAUCAUAGCAGCCACUUGUAUGGGCCUUACUUCUCUAACAGGCAAUCCACUGUAUGACAGCCUAGGUUCUUUGGGUGUGGGCACCUUGUUAGGCGUGGUCUCAGCAUUCCUCAUCUACACUAACACAGAAGCACUCUUAGGGCGAUCCAUCCAGCCAGAGCAAGUACAACGGCUUACUGAACUACUGGAGAACGACCCAUCAGUAAGGGCAAUUCAUGAUGUUAAAGCCACAGAUCUGGGAUUAGGGAAAGUAAGAUUUAAGGCAGAAGUAGAUUUUGAUGGACGAGUUGUUACAAGAUCGUAUUUGGAAAAACAAGAUUUUGACCAACUGCUACAAGAAAUUCAAGAAGUGAAAACUCCUGAAGAACUAGAAACCUUUAUGCUUAAACAUGGAGAAAAUAUUAUUGAUACAUUAGGAGCUGAAGUAGAUAGACUUGAGAGGGAACUGAAAAAACGAAAUCCUGAAGUUCGACAUGUAGAUUUGGAGAUAUUAUAGAUUUGAUGGAAUGAGUCACCGUUGGGGGAGCCUUGGAAACAAGUUUGCCAAGACUGCUUUCCCACACUGAAGGAGUCAGCGCCAUUCAGAAGACAUUGUUUUUUUUUUUAAGAUGGAGGAAGUAUUCAUGUAAAGGGCAAUUCAACAGUCUACAGAACUAAAACAACUUCUUACUUAUAAGAGACAUACUACAAGUUGAAUCAAUUUGGAAAUCAUGUUUUUAUUUUCAACAGGAAGCAUUUGAGUUACUUAAAUUGUUCAUAAUUUCUCAUCUUAACCUGUCAGUGUGUAUUGUACCUUGUAAUCAUGUUUCUUUCUACACAUUGUAAAAAUAAGAGACAUCCAUAUGAUUAUGAUUUUUAAUUUUUUUGCCACUGAAGAUUUUACUCCAUCAGAACCUGCCAAUCUUGAACAUUCUGACUAAACCUUGGUUUGUGGUUUUUAAAAUAGUCACUCCAUUUUAAAGUCUGUCUUUAUGUGUAGAAUGUGGAAAUUAUUUCUACAUACCUUGUAAUUUGCCCUGAGUACUAAGAGGAACACUCUCCUAACCUAGUUACCCAUAAAUGUUCAUUCCAGAAAGGGCUGUGUUACUGAAUUGAAGGAAGACAUUUCAGUACGCUCUUUUAGGUCAUAGUAGCUGCCAUUUUGUAAGAUUUCUUUUCUCUCCUUUGCUUUUUUUCUUUACUUAGUUUAAUUUUUCUAAUGGUAGGAAAUGUAAAAUAACCCUAGAUGUUUCCAUGGGCCAGUGUGAUGACUGUUUUGUUUUUGUUUUUGUUUCUUUAACUGGCUUCGGUGCCAUAAUGUGUAUUUACUAGGAGAUCAUGCAUUUAUAAGCAUUUUAACAUUCUGUAAAUGUACUAGAAAUAUUUAUAAUUUUACAGACAGGACAGCAUUUUAUUUUUAAUUUAUUUGAAAAGAGGCACUACUUAUGUAAAUCUGAACUAUGGGAUAUUUCUUGCUUUAAAAGAAAGAUAGAAAAGUAAACCUCUUAUGCAGAAACUUGUGGCCAUGACUCUGUAUAAAAUAUAGUCAGUAGUGUGCCUGAAACAUGAGUUUCUUGCACUUACAAGUGGGCAUUUAGCAUAAUAUAUGACUAUAACAUUACGUAAGUAAGUAGCUUUCUACUGAUCAUAAGGUAUUGAGGUGAAAAAACAUGCAAUUCAGUAAUUGAAAAUUUAGUGCAGAACUAAGGCUGUGUCUCCAUUCAUCAAAACAAUUCAUGUGCACUUUACAUUGUUCAGGUACCAGUGAGCAUUGUCCACGCAAGAGUGGUGGCUGGGUGAAUGAAUGAUCUCUGCUGGGUAAUUGAGUGCUUAAGGACCUAGGUCAGUGUCUAAAAACUUACUUAGGUUGAAGUUUAUGAAUUGUAGCAAAUUGUAAUGCUGGAAACAAAAAAUAAACAUUUGAUUAAAGGGUU